CUAUAUGUUUGUUCACAUAUCAACAGCAAGUACCCGGAACGGACAGCGCUGAAUGCCGGCGUCGAUCUGGACCAGCUUGCAGAGGAUGUAGCCCGCCUGCCGAAUCCCGCGUACCCGGGGAACGCGAGUCCAGCGGAAACGCCAAUAACACCAUAUGUAACGCGUUUGCGCGCCGCUGUAGGCCAAAAUCACGCACACGAGCUUGAGCUGUGGGAGCACACGUUCCUGCUCAUCCACAACUUCCGCCAGGGAAAGCCGCUCCCGGAUCCUGUUGCUGAGCGGCUGUUGGGGGUUGAGCGGAGCACACUGGAGUUGCCGACCGACUCGCCGGGGCAAGGUCGCUCUUGGCGGCCCCUCCGCUGUCGAUCACGUGCGUGCCCUACACACAAUCCGAUCGGCACCCCAGCCAAGAUCGUUGGCUGGCGCUCCAUUCCAGAGACAUUUCCCCGAGAUCGGGAGGCGAGACACGUGGACUUGCCCGCCGGCAUGGAGGAGAGGGUUGUUAUCCAUGGCGUGAGGUGGCCCCGUCCGAAGUUCUCGUUCAAGGACGUGUCUGAGGAGCUCGAGAAGGAGCGCUCGGGGCCAAAGACGUCGUUACCGUCGAUCCAGCACAUGUUUGACGCCGAGGUCGUCGGCACGGCUACCCGGGAUCUGUACUCAAUC